UUUGGACCAUGACUGCAAGUGCUCAGUCAUAGCAGCUCUUCGACAGGGUGACACAUACUGCAGUGCUAUCAGAGCGUUACUAGAAUAUUCUCAGGCAGCAUAUAAAAGCAUUGAGUCUGGUUCAUUGGGACAGAAGCACAGACGAAGUCGACCAGCUCAACACAGCAACGAAAAUCAACCAAAGAUGCUUUGCCCAAGCACAUUUCAGCCUCAUCUCAGCCCAUUCAUGGACUUCCACUGGCCAGUGCGCAGCCUGUGGCCGGAGACAAGACCUCUAUUCUUUCAGAUCGAGAAAGAAAUGAUGAGACACAUGCAGGAGAUGAGGCACAACUUGGAGUUCAUGGAACGCCUGCACCAAAGGAUUUUUGACGAGAUUGACCAUGUCACACCCAUGACCACUUUCAGACCCAUCUCAUUCCAGCUCGGAAAGGAAGGAAGCCACUAUGCGCUCACACUAGAUACGAAGGAUUUCUCUCCAGAGGAGCUGUCCGUCAAACAAGUGGGCAGGAAGUUGCGGGUGAGUGGCAAGACAGAGAAGAAGCAAGAUGAUGGGAAAGGAUCGUACUCAUACAGAAGCCAAGAAUUUAGGCAGGAGUUUGACCUUCCUGAUGGUGUGAGUCCUGAAAUGGUGACCUGUUCUUUAAAUAAUGGCCAGCUACAGAUACAAGCACCCAAACAGGCUAAUGCUGUGAGCAACGAGAGAGUGAUUCCCAUUGCAUACACUCCGGCUGUGAAGAGUCCUGCUCCUCAAAGCCCUCAGCCUGAGAACCCGGCAGCUGAGCCAGAGUCUACAACUGAGCCUAGCCCCUAGAACCCACAACAGAACUAAUGACUCUAUGGGACACCCAUAUAAAGCUCGAACUUAAACAAGUUGUAAAAGAUCUUUAAUGAUGCUAUAAAUCUUGUAGAACUGUUUUAACGUUUUGUUUGUUGGAUUAACAUUUACUGGAACAGAAGGCUAACACUUCAAUUCAGUAAUUUAUUUGGUUUUGUUAAAUUGCAAAUUGAUGUUUUUGUCAAAAAGAUUGUUUUGUGUACAUCCAAUAAACUAAAAACUAGUCUUGUCCUGGGGAACCACCAUGUUUAUGUAAUUUGCAAGAUUUACACAAAGUAUUAUUAAAUUAGUAAAUAUAUUAAGUUGUAUGUAUUUAUUUCAUAGACUUUGCUUCCAUUUUUGUUAUUAAAAUCUUCAUACGCGUUUUCAGUCUGAAAUUUGAGGCAAAUGUUGGAUCACAAUAAUUGGGAACCACAGUUUCCACAAAUCCCUUCACUCAAUUGGGAUGUUCUCUUUUAUUCUUGACGGCAAGGGCAGUGACUGUAAGAUCGAGUGUAUUUUACAGAAUUAAACACGUAUUUAUACCGAUUUCA